AUGGAGACCACGAGAAUGAAGAAGUACAACAGGCAGGUAAGUCCAGAGAGAGCAAAAGUGUGGACAGAGAGGUCACCAAAGUAUCAACAGCAGAAUCGUAAAGUCCCUGUUGUUUAUUAUCUCUGUAGAAAUCGCCAGCUUGAGCAUCCUCAUUUCAUUGAAGUCCCUCUUGCUUCACCUGAUGGUCUCUACCUUCGAGAUGUGAUUGAGAGGCUUAAUGUAUUAAGAGGCAGAGGGAUGGCUUCUUUGUAUUCUUGGUCUUCUAAGAGAAGCUAUAAGAAUGGAUUUGUAUGGCAUGACCUUUGUGAAGAUGAUUUAAUUCUUCCUGCUCAUGGAAAUGAAUAUGUUCUCAAAGGUUCUGAACUCUUUGAAGAAUCUAAUUCAGAUCGUUUUGCUCCUAUUGGAACCAUAAAAAUGCAAAAUCUGAAACUAUUGCCAGAACCUGCAUCUUCUAGAAGUCAAGAUGAUUCCUCGUCGUCUUCAAGUUUGAAUGGAAAGGAAACAAAGCAUUCACAGGAAGAUGAAAUCUCCCCUCCACUGCAACGUCCUGGUUCCUCUGGCGUGUCUCCAGAGUCUACAGUUGGAAAGAAUUCUUCGUGGAAUGGCUCUCUUAGCUUGACAGAAUACAAGAUUUACAAGAGUGAUGGAUUCACAAAUGCUUCGACGCAGACUGAGGAAAACAUAAGCAGACCUAAAUCCCGAGAAACUUGUACAAGGGGUGUCUCGACUGAUGAUGGUUCUCUGGAACAGGAAUGCAAUGAAAACUGUCAAAAUCGACUGCCACGCUUGAAGGAAAAUUCCGAGAUAAGUGAGAAUUCAGUUUCCCCUCCCCCAUCUUCCACUAGUGAGUCAUCGUCAGGUGGGAAGACUGAAACUUUGGAGUCUCUUAUUAGAGCUGAUGUUAAUAAAAUCAACAGUUUUAGAAUUCUCGAAGAGGAAGACAUUCGAAUGCCAAACAAUGCAAGACUCAAGGCCACUAGUAUGUUGAUGCAAUUGAUCUCCUGUGGGUCAAUUUCAGUGAAAGAUCACAGUUUUGGACUAGUUCCAACCUACAGACCGAGGUUUUCUCAUUCAAAAUUUCCCUCCCCUUUGUUCUCUACUUCAAUAACGUUAGGAGAGCUUGAUUGCUUGUCAGAGAAUCCGAGGAUGAUGGGCCUCAGAUUGGAAGACAAGGAAUAUUUCAGUGGGAGCUUGAUCGAGACAAAAAUGCUCAAGGAGGGAGGAGAUGGACUUGCUAGUCUGAAGCGAUCUUCUUCCUACAAUGCAGACAGGACUUCUAAACAACCAGAUUCGGUUGAAGACAAUGAUGAGUCAACCUCUGGACGCUCAAAAUGCAUCCCACGAUCAAUAAAAGCUUCACUAAGCAAGCAACCCCACAACGAAUCUUUGCGAUCACCUGUUUCUGAUAAACCUAGAAACUCCUCAGAUGGGGCUGAUGGCUCUCAAGUAAUACACAAUAGUUCAUCAAAUGGUGGCAGCAAAAGAAUUACAGAGCUGGGUUCAGGUAAAAAACAAUCGAAGAAGCUAGAUUCUUUCAAAGAGGAGGAGAGGGUGAUCAGAAUUGAAGAAAGAGCUCGGGUUAUAAUCCACUCUAAAGCACCUUGUGAUCCCACUGUUUGCAGUCCGUAG